GUGAUUUGGCGCUUCUCGCGCGCGCAGACAGCAGUGGCACAGCGCGCGCGCGCGCGCGCACACACACACACACACUGCCAGCGUGGGACUCGCUCGUGGGUCACACGGCAGCGGCUCGCGCGGUGGGUUGUGACGGACAGCAAGCACACGGGAGCCCCGUUCUCAGAUAUGAAGCAUACAAAGGAGCCAGAGUGCUUGGACAACAGAAUUUGUCCAGAAAGUUCAGAGAAACAGGAAGAAGAGGAGGAGGAAGUGGAAAAAAAGGCAGUUGUAGGGCACAGAGCCAGACGGGAGCGUUGUCAGGGCAGCAGCACUGCCACGAUGUGCCAGGUGUGCAGCAUACAGCUGAACUCCAGUGCACAGGCCCAGAUCCACUACAGGGGCAAGACCCACAAGAGGAGGCUACGGCGCCUGGUGAAGGCUGCAAGUGCAGGUGUAGGUGCCCUCUCCCAGAGUCAGGUCUACCCAUUCAUAGGCUCGCUUCCUCUACCAGGUCGACCUCUUCCACCACGCCAUGUCCAACUAGAUCGCUUCCUGCCACUCAGGGUCAAUGGUUCCUCACCACUCAGCCUCUUCAGUAAUUUUACCACGGUGGCUGGUGUGGAUUGUCCAGUUUGUUGUCCAGUCACAGUCGGAGGUACUUGUAGGAAUCCACAGCCUCCACAUCAACUUCCUCGAUCAGAACUGAUGGACCCUGUGCAGAAGGCAGUGAUCAACCACACUUUUGGUGUCACUCUGGCCAAGAAGAAGCCAGUCAUCUCCUGUAACAUCUGUCACCUUCGGUUCAACUCCACUACCCAGGCGGAGGGCCACUAUAAGGGUCAUAAACACGCUCGGAAGCUGAAGGCUUUAGAGAACAAGAGGAACCGACAGAAAAGUAGAGUUGGUCCAUCCACAAUGGGGAAAGACCGAGAAAGAGGGACAGGAGUGACGGGAGGAGGGGCAGCGUAUAAAGAUUCACAUCUCUCAGACAUACCAGGCCAAGGUGCUGUUUCCCAUCCUGCACAGCAGCAAUCUGAAACCUUUAAGGAGAGCUCGUGGACUUCAGACAGCUCAACUAUGGAAGUGUGCAGCCCCGGUCCAAGCUCAAGUCCAAACGGUGACCUUCAGAGGAGCUCCACAGGAGGUGAGGACAAGGUGGUGGAUGUUGCAGAAACUAAGGAGACCAAGAGCAGCAAAAAACAGCAUGUUCAAUGUCCCACAUGCAAAGUGAUGGUCAAUUCCAACUCUCAGAUGAAAUCUCACUGCAGUGGCUCCAAGCACAAGCUGAUGCUGGAUGGUCAUCACAACAAGUCACAACGUCGCAGAAACAAGACACCGUUAUUACCCAGGCCCACGUAUAGAAUUAAGCAUCGAAUGGGCAAAAAGAUGAGACCAUCUGCGGGUGUGUCCAGUCAGCCUUUUCAUUGUGAACUGUGUCAGGUGUCGGUUAACUCAGAGACACAGCUGAAGCAGCACAUGAACAGCAAGAGGCACAAAGAGCGUUUGGCGGGAAAAUCUGUCAAACCAAAGUUCAGCCCCUACAACAAAAUCCAGCACAGUGCUGUGUUAGCGACUAAACUUGCCCUGCAAAAGCAGCUCUCCAAGGCCCUUCCCACAGGCUUCCUGACCAGUCCCCUCAACCCAGCUGCCCUGUGCACGAUGGCCUCUGGACCACUGGCCCUACGACUGCCACCUGGUCCCACUGCCAUCAUCCAUGGCCCUCUGAUGGGGCCUGCCAUCUUCAGGCCUGCCCUAGGACCUCUGAGGCUGACGCAUGCUCCUAUUAUUUUCUCUCCUUAUUAACUAUGAGCCACGAUAAUUGGAAACACCCAGGGCUUGUUGAGCUCAACCCAGCCAAGUCAAAUCUGUGCAUAACAUUUUGCCCAAUAUAACAUGUGAGUGGCACAAUGUGUCAAAUCAUAAGAACAGUAUGUGCAAUCCCCAGGACUGGAUUGACAUUUCACUGCUGACUGCCUAUUGUGCUGCCUUCAGAAUGGAAGAACCAUCACUCAGCUGUUUCCUGUCAGCAGACUGUUGAGUGCAUCUUUUCUGGGGUGUUGAUCCCUCUGGAAGCCAUACUGACAAGCAUCUGGUCAUUUUUUAAUGCCAAAUUCUUUCAUAUUUUUAGAGCUUUUUGUUGGUGUAACAUAAGUUACUUGCCUUUUAAGUUUUCUUAAGCUCCUAUGAAACUGGCGACUUACAUCCAGUACAACCCUCGUAUGUAAAGAUAGUGGGAAUUAUAAAUUACAAGUUGAUUGGUUAAAAUCAACUUUCUUCCUUAUCUAGUUGUCAAAAGUUUUUUGUUUUUUUCCUGCUCUGUGUUAUGAAGUGACAAUCAACAACCAUUCCAAAAUGAGUGACACAAGAAAUAUUCACUGUAUGGAAGCAGAACAAAUGUGCACUACUACAUGUCACACAUAAAAUGAAUGAAUAGAAUUUCUUACAUGCAUUCACUAUGAAAGAGAUUUUUUAAGCUUUAUUUGAUAUUAUCCAUGACCACAGCAUUUUCAGGUCUGGGUGAGAUGAAUAUGUAAAGUUUUCACAUCUGGCGACUGUUUGCAGUAGAAUGACAUGUUCCUCCUCACAUUCAAAAUAUCUACAAGUUCUUAUAUGGUAUGUAAGUGUGUGAGAUUAAUUAAAUCUGUAAACUCUUCAAGAGGUACAAUAUGUUAACAAUGUUCUUUCAUUAAAAAAAAAUCCUCUCACACGUAAUUGUGAAUUAUCUUAAGCAAUAUGUAUUUAAAGUUGUAUUUUAAGUGUCACCUGUUUCAAAUUCAUGACAAGUGUAACUGUGCAUCAAUUGCAAUAAUGUAAAUUAUUAUAUGCUUAAAAUGUCCACAUAGCAUUGACCUUAUAAAUAUAACUGUUUUAUAAAA